GACAGUGCCUUGAAAACACCACUUGUUACAAGUCUGUCUUAACGUAAAAAAGUAUCUUUAUGGAAAAUAAUGAGCGUCUAUCAGUGUGCUGGUGGAAUUCUAAUUGCUUUUGGCAUAAUAAGCAUGGUUUCAGGAGUUAUAGCAUUUUUUCCGGCAUUUAGCUACCAACCUCUGUUUAUUGGAUGGAGCGUUCAAAUUGCUUGUCCGAUCUGGAAUGGGAUUCUGGCAUUUUCAGUUGGCAUUCUGUCACUUUUGGCAUAUCGAGAAUGGACGCAAAGGUCACUGUGGGAAGCCACAUUCACAUUGGGUUUACUAAGCAUCAUGGGGAGCCCAGUACAGCUGAUGGUGGCCAUUGCAUCCAUCCUCAUUGGUCCAUAUUGCUAUUACACUUUCGCUGGGAUGUCAUCAACCAACUACAUUGGCUACGCAAUUAAAUUUCCAUUUCCUUACACCAAGUUUGUAAAUAUAUGUCAAAUUCCAAAAUCCUUCGAGCUGUUCCAUUUGAUUCUACAGAUUAUUGAUGUGAUUUCAAGUGUGGUCAUAUUCUGCUCGUGUUUGGCAUUAGUAAUCAGACUCUCGGCAAGAAAAGUGAGAACCGGAACCUUUAAUACACAAAAACGUAUUUGGUGAACUGGAGAUUGGAGGAAGAGUCUAUCUCGGAAUGAAAAAAAUUAUAUAAUUGUUUGUUUGGUAUAUAGGGGAUACUUUAAGAUUGCCACAUUGGAUAUCUAUUACAAUUUGUCCCACUUUAUCCCAGGUAGAAAAGAACACACACACACACACACACACACACACACUCAUUCACACACACUCUAACACUUAGCUAAACUAUUUUAUAUAUAUUACCAACUGAAUACUCAUAAUACAAACUUGUGGAACAAAACAAAAACAUUCUAUUUUAGUGAUAUACAUCAUCUACUAAAAUAAAUGGCAAGCUUCCUCUUUGAACCUCUGAUUGCUGGAGAUGCGGCACAAAGGAUGCACAUUUUAUGCACAUUUGGUGGAAUUGCAACCCACUCCAACUUUUUUGGCAAAUGAUUUGGAGAAGAACAAAGACGCUUCUGGGGAAUUAAUUAAACUUCAAACUAGAAGUGUUUUUUUUUGUUACACCUGAAUUUCAAUGAGAUAAAGUCAAUUGAAAAGGAAUUUUCAAUACAUAUUUUUUUUUAUUGCAUCUAAAUAUUUGAAUAUAUAUAAAACGAUGGCUGUACCUCACUGGUCUCACUGUUAGGAGCCAGACACUACACCAGUUAAUAGGAGAAAGUGGUAUUCAACAAAAAAAUUAGAGAUAAAUUGCACUGUGGAUGACUAAAAUCCUACAGCAUGAAUAAAGGUUCUGAGAAGUAAAGAUUCAGGUAAACACACUAUUAACUAAGAUAGGGCUGUCCAACCCCAGGUAGUCCGAGGGCCGAAUUAAAAAAAAACAGAUCUGAGGUCUGCAUGGAAAGUUAUGAAUUUAUUACAAAACUUAUGCCUAGACAUUUUUUGAGAGCCCUGAGCAGCCACGUUUUUGACAACCCUGAACUAAGAUUAAGGUUUGGCAUGGUAUGAUGUCAGGCUCCUCUCCCCCUUCAAGCACUCUCUCUUACAUGCAUCCUUCUGUCAAAAUGUUAUUUUGUUUUUAUGUCGUGUAUAACUAUGUUUUUUAAGGAAUUGUAACUACAUUAAUGGAAAAAAUAAUUUUUAAGCAAUGU